CUAUAACAUACAUAUAUAUUUAUUAUAUUAAUUAAUGUGACAAAUUCGCUUAAAUAUCGCCAGACGUUAUACAAAAUGCGUACUGUAUUUAAACAGUUGAAUCAACGAAGAUUUCUAGUCAUUUUCACAAUUCAUUUGUGUUUGUUGGAAAAAUCAAUAUUGCUGUGCAAUUGUAUUCAUGGUUUAAGAAAUGUCACAGAGAGCGCCGAAUUAGUCACCGGUAUUGAGUCGAGUUUAUCAUUGCCCGAUAUAUUGCCAAUACCAUCGAAAAAUUAUGAUAAAAAUCGUGCACCAAAACUACUUGGACAGCCGACCGUUGUUUACUUUCAUGUGACAGUGUUAUCGCUGGAUUCCAUCAACGAGGAAUCAAUGACAUAUGUCACAGAUGUAUUCCUAGCACAAAGUUGGCGUGAUCCUCGCCUGCGACUGCCGGAGAACAUGAGCGAACAGUAUCGCAUAUUGGAUGUCGAUUGGUUGCAUAGCAUUUGGCGGCCAGAUUGCUUCUUUAAGAAUGCCAAAAAAGUCACAUUUCACGAAAUGAGCAUACCGAAUCAUUAUUUGUGGCUAUAUCAUGAUAAAACUUUGCUCUACAUGUCCAAGUUAACGUUGGUGUUGUCCUGUGCCAUGAAAUUCGAAUCUUAUCCGCAUGACACACAAAUCUGUUCCAUGAUGAUUGAAAGCUUAUCACAUACGGUUGAGGACCUGGUGUUUAUUUGGAAUAUGACCGAUCCGCUUGUGGUUAAUACCGAAAUCGAGUUACCACAAUUGGAUAUAUCGAACAAUUAUACAACCGACUGCACUAUUGAGUAUUCAACAGGCAACUUCACUUGCCUGGCCAUUGUUUUCAAUCUGCGUCGACGCCUUGGCUAUCAUCUCUUUCAUACCUAUAUUCCGUCGGCGCUGAUUGUGGUCAUGUCGUGGAUUUCCUUCUGGAUUAAACCCGAAGCGAUACCGGCGCGUGUCACGCUCGGCGUCACAUCGCUACUCACACUCGCCACACAAAAUACCCAAUCACAACAAUCGCUGCCGCCGGUGUCGUAUGUCAAGGCCAUCGAUGUGUGGAUGUCAUCGUGUUCGGUAUUUGUAUUCCUAUCGUUAAUGGAAUUCGCUGUGGUGAAUAACUAUAUGGGCCCGGUGGCGACGAAAGCCAUGAAGGGCUAUUCGGAUGAGAAUUUACACGACAUCGGUGACAUGAAGGUGAGAAAGAAUCAUCAUCGCGAGUCGAUAAUUGAGCCACAGUACGACACAUUCUGCCACGGACAUGCCACAGCGAUUUAUAUUGAUAAAUUCUCACGUUUCUUUUUUCCAUUUUCAUUUUUUAUACUGAACAUUGUUUACUGGACAACGUUCCUAUAG